AUGAAAUAUAGAAAAUUAGAUGAAGAUGAAAAUAGACAAAAAUCAUAUUCAUAUGAACCUGGUGAUUUAGAAACAGUUGUAACAGAUCAUGGAUUAGAUGUUGCAUUUAGAAUAAAGGUAAUAGCAGAUUUAUUAGAAUGUCCAUUAUGUAAAGGUUUUUUUAGGAAUGCUACUACAAUUAAAGAAUGUUUACAUACAUUUUGUAAUGUAUGUAUUAUAAAUUAUAUUGAAAGUGGUAAAGAAUCAUGUCCAAAAUGUGGAGAAUAUAUGGGAGUUCAUCCUAUAGAAGGUUUAGUAUUUGAUAGAACAAUACAAAAUAUAACUGAUAAAAUAUUUCCUCAAUUUCGUAUACUUGAAAAUCAAUUAAAAAAGGAAUUUAAUAUUAAAUAUAAUAUUGGUAAUAAUAAUAAUAAUAUUGAUAUUUUAAAUCCUAAUUUAUAUUCAAAAAUUUGUAGAUCUUCAAUAUAUAAUUCUAAAUUAACCCCAAUAAAUGCUAAUAAUGAAUUUCAUAAUAAAAUUUUAGAUUUAAUCUUAAAUUCAGAUGAUAAAGAUAAAUUGGAAGAAAUGAAAUUAUCACUAAAUAUAAGUAUUAGAUUAUUUAUUGAACCAAUUGAUAAAACAUUACCUAAUUUAAUUAAACCAUAUAUAUUGGUUGCUCCUCAAAUAACAAUUCAACAUUUACAGAAUUAUUUACUUUAUAAAUUUCCAGAUAUAUCAGAAGUACCUCAGAUUUUAUUAGAAGGGGUUGUAUUACCUAAGAAUCACUCUAUUGAAUUUAUAUGUAGAUCAAAAAGAAUAGAAUUAUGUAAUAUUAUAAAUCUUAAAUAUAGAUUUAAUUGA